AUCAAACAGAGGCAUCAUGAUCUCGUUCGUAAAAUGGAGAUGUAUGCAACAGAGAUAGACAAGGUUACCGUUGAGUGUUCUGGGCUUAUGAAUACUAUUGCUUCAGAUACUGAAGUAAAAUCAAAAGAGAAGUUGCUAUCUGCCUUCACAAAAUAUAUGCAGUCUUCAGGAUUUUCAAAGAAUGAUGUUGAUACAUCUGUCAAUCGGGAAGGACAACAGAAACGUCAUGUCACCAAGGAUUUUAAUGUACAUGGAGAUCUUGAGGACCGGAAAUCAAGCGUGAUAUCUCUUGUACAGAUUGUGGCAAAUAAGAUAUAUAAGGGUGUUAAAGUCAAGUUGUUGAAUUUCUUGAAUGAUUCUUCUGUCCAAGUUAGGUGGAUAGAGGAUGAUUUUGAGCAACAUGAUUCAGUUACAUAUGAUGAGUUUGAGGAGCAGAUAGAAAAAUGUGUUCUUGUUUCUAGUUUUGUUAAUGAAAUUUGGGAACUUUUUGGCUCUGAUAUUACUAUGGAGAAUGUGCAGUUUAUCUCUGAAGUAAACUGGCCUUCUCUUUUUCAGGCUUGCCUAUAUUCCUGUAAGAAAUUAAUUGAACAGGUGACUGAGGUUAUUCUACCAGAUAUUAUCAAGUCAGUCAUUUCUUACAAUUCAGAAGUAAUGGAAGCCUUUGGAUUACUAUCCCAAAUUCGGGGGUCCAUUGAUACUGCACUUGAAAAACUUGUGGAGGUCGAAUUGGAGAGGGCUUCCUUGUUGGAGCUUGAAAAGAACUAUUUUGUGAAGGUUGGACUCAUCACAGAGCAGCAGUUAGCUCUUGAAGAAGCUGCGGUUAAGGGUCGGGAUAAUCUGUCCUGGGAAGAAGCUGAGGAGUUAGCAUCCCAAGAAGAAGCUUGCAGAGCCAAAUUAGAUAAACUUCAGAAAACUUGGAAUGAGAAAGAUAUACGAAGUGCUUCUCUGAAAAAGCUAGAAUCUGAUAUUAAAACAUCACUUGCUUCUAGUGGAAGAUUAUUUUCAACUUUAAUAAUCCCUGAGCAGGGCAGUGAGUUGCAUAGCAGGGGAAGCAAGGGUCUUCUUGCAGCUCUUGUGAAGCCAUUUUUUGAGCUGGAAUCAGUUGACCAUGUUUUGUCAUCUUAUGGGGCUUCUUAUUUAGAUGAGUCCGCAAAUAAUGUUGCUGAAACUGUUGCUUCUACUCCUCUGUCUGGCCUGACAUGGAGGUUGACCAGCUUACUCGGGAACCAUUCUUUCUUUAUCUGGAAAAUUGGAAUUCUGGACUCUAUGCUUGAUUUAUGCAUACAUAAUAUAUCAUCUUCUAUUGAUCAAAACUUAGGUUUUGAUCAGCUUUACAAUGUGGUCAAGAAAAAACUUGAGAUUCAUCUGCAGAAUCAUGUCAGCCGGUACUCGAAAGAAAGACUGGCUCCUGCUUUCAUGAUGCAAUUGGAUAAACAGAAUGAGAACAUAGAGCAUACAAGAAAGGAGGCAGAUAAAUUAAGACAUGAUGAUGGACCAGUGAAGAAAGUUCACUAUAUGCUCGAGGAAUGCUGUAAUGCACAUGAGAAUGCUAGGACUGCUAAAUCGGCUAUUUCCCUAAUGAAAAGGCAGGUGAAUGAGCUUACUGAAUCUCUUCGCAAGUCAGUUUUAGAAAUUGUUCAGAUGGAAUGGUUGCAUGACCUUUCCUUGCCCCAUACCCUGAGAAGCAAGGUCUUAUCUCAAAGUAUUCUUGGUAAUGAUAAGUUUUACGUAACAAUCUUAAACUUGAGCAGACCAAAGUUGUUGGAAAAGCUUCAGUCUUCAGUUUCAGCAUUAGCAAAUGUAACAGGGUGCUUACAAGAUUGUGAAAGGACUUCUAUGUCAGUGGAAGGUCAGCUUGAAAGAGCCAUGGGAUGGGCUUGUGCCAGCCCAAGCAUUGUUGGCACUCCUGGAAUUCCCACAGAAUUUCACAAUCAUUUAUUGAGAAGAAAAAAAUUGCUAUGGGUAACUCAAGAGCAGGUGUCUGAUAUUAUCAAGAUUUGCACUUCUGUGGUUGAAUUUGAAGCAUCUAGAGAUGAUAUUCUCCACAUGCCUACAGAGAAAUCUUGUGGAGGGACUAUCAAUAAUGGCAGAUCGUGGCAAAAUGCUUACUUGACUGUUCUAACAAGAUUAGAUGUUGCUUAUCAUUCUUUUACAGGUGCUGAACAAGAGUGGAAGUUAGCAAAGAAUGACAUGGAAGCUGCUGCCAAUAGCUUGUUUUCUGCAACCAGAGAACUCACUGUGGUCUCUGCAAAGGCAAAAUCUGCUUCAGGUGACUUACAAGACAAUAUCACAACUAUGUUUGAUUGUGCAUAUGAAGCUAGUGCGACAUUAUCGGCAUUUGCUUGUGUUUCAAAGGGACAUACUGCUUUGACAUCAGAAUGCGGAUCUAUGCUUGAGGAGGUUCUGGUUAUUACUAGGAGCCUCCAUGAUCUUUAUGGUUUGGGAAAACAAGCUGCUGCAGCACAUAGCGUCCUAAUGGCAGAUCUUGGCAAGGCAAAUGAGAUCCUUAUUCCUCUUGAAGCUUUGCUUUCUACUGAUUUAAUUGCUUUGGCCGAUGCAAUCUCAAAAGACAAGGAAAACAAAUCUUAUAUUCCUCCCAUUCAUGGGCAAGCACUUUACAAGUCAUACUGUUUCAGGCUUAGAGAGGCUUGUCAAUCUGUAGAACAUUUAGUGCCAUCUAUAAUCUGUUCUGUGAAGGACCUACAUUCAAUGUUGACCAAGCUUGGGAGAGCUUCAGGCCUGCAUGCUGGAAAUUUGCAUAAGGCACUUGAAGGUGUUGGUGAGACUGAAUUUGUUAGGUCCCAGGAGCUUGCAUUAUCAAGAUCUGAUUUUUCAGCUGGUGGUGACAGUCUACAAGAUGACAAGGAUAAAAAUUUACUUUUAGGGGGUGAUGGAGGCAAUUUUCAGAGCUUCACUGAGUUAUCUCCACAAGGUGAAGAAUGGAUCUCCCCUCCGGAUUGUACAUACACUAGCAGCUUGGACUCGAGCAUCAGUUCAAGUGAACUUUCUGCAACAAGGCUUGUUGAUACAGCAGAACUCUCAUCUUUUAAUAAUCCUGUAGCAGAUGAUAUGCAUGUUUCAUGCCCAAGUACUCAUUGCCUAGAGAGUGAGGCAGGUGACAAUUCAGUAUCUCAAUUUGCAGUAGAAGAUGGUGUUACUGUUGUUACUACUUCAGUGCCACCUGAUCUACAAGGAAGUAUGCAGACUUUGUCAUCAAAUAAAUCUACAGGUAUCAGCAUUACUAGUUCUAAUAAUGGAGCACUAGCAGAAUUACACAAGAGUAGGUUGCUGUCAUCAUCUUUAAAUGUUAAGGUGUCCAACAUUGAGCGUUGGUAUAAUGUGGUAGAGGAAGGUUCCAGGGACGAAAAGUCUGUGGGAAGUAAAUAUAGGGAAUAUUCUUCAAAGAAGGUUGAGGGGCAUUGGGAAAAUAAUGACAAAGCUUCGUAUACACAUUCUGCAAACUCUGUUACUUGGGAAAAGAACUCUUAUGCCUUGUCUGUUUUGAGACAAGUUGAACUGAAAUUGGAGGGCAGAGAGAAUGACGAGUUCAGGUCCAUGACAAUUUCAGAGCAAGUGGAUUAUCUCCUAAAGCAAGCAACAAGCGUAGACAACUUGUGUAAUAUGUAUGAAGGCUGGACACCAUGGAUCUGAUCUAAUCGGAUGGUAAUUGUACUUUCUGGGAAUCUUUUCAUCACCUAUGGCAUUAUGAUAUAUAACUGGUUUUGUGAUUUUCUUCUCCAUGUGCAAAUCAAGGCUUGUUUGUUUUGGAAACUCAGUUUCCUUUGAAUAUA